CCAAUUUCGAGUAGACAACAAUUGCCUAAAGCCACAAUGCAGCUACAUUGCACAGCCCAACGCGUCGCGGGCCCUCGUGCUUGCGGCCGUUCGCGGACUCCGGUCGUAUGCGUGGCUCGCCCUAAAAUUCAGAAAAGCGUUGCGCCGAGGAAUGAAACAAGGCUGAUGUCUACCGCUGUGCCGUUGUUCGCCGUCGCCGCGGCCGACGCCUUCUACCAAAUCCUUCUUCCGCCUGCGCAAUACUUCAAGUCCUUAAACCUUCCAGAGGCGCUCGUCCACUGGGGUCACCCAGGGAACAUGGCUGUCGUCCUGCUGGCCAUGGGAGGCUACGGGGCAGCGUACCUUGGAUGGCAAAUCCGGACAUCCUCUGAUGAGGCUGUAGUCACGAAGGCCAAGGAAGCGCACCCCAAGAUCGCUGCCGGCAUGUUCCUGUUCUUCGCGCUGGGUGCUACCGGUGGCAUGAUGUCCCUCAUCAUGCAGGACAAGCCCAUCUUUGAGAGCCCCCAUGUGUGGACCGGCCUUGUCGGCUUGGGCCUGCUGGGCGUGCAGUCGCUGCUGCCCCUCGCCUUUGCCAGCGGCAGCGGCGCAGCGCGCACCGCGCACGCCUACCUGGGCAGCGGUCUGAUGGCGCUCUUCCUGGUGCACAUGGGGCUGGGGCUCAACCUGGGGCUCAGCAUCUGAGAGGCCGGCACCAAUGGCACCUCUUGAGGAUAUGAGUGGCCAUUCGUGCAUUCGCGUGAGCAUUGAGCGUGAGCAGCUGACUUGCGGGAGGGGUUGGCGGUGGAGAGGUUUGAGGAGAGGGCUGUGCUGGUGUGCGUAGCAUGGUAUGUGUUUGCAAAGAGUGCUUCG